AUGGGGGCAUUUUGCUUGUUGAAAAGCAUUGUUCAUCAGUAUAAAAGGAAGGACAGGCUAUUGGGGAAAAAGCCUUAUAUUCUAAAACUCAUCAACUCCACAGGUCAUCAUAACAUUGCUGUUGGUAGAUGGGAGAGUAAAGAGCUCUGGCUUUUAAAAGGCCUUGUUCUUCUGACGAAACACAAUGAUGGUACUGCCUACAAGCUAGUGUGUUAUUUCACCAACUGGGCUCACAGUCGGCCAGACCCUGCCUCCAUCUUGCCCCAUGACCUGGACCCCUUUCUUUGUACACACCUGAUAUUUGCCUUUGCCUCAAUGAACAACAAUCAGAUUGUUGCCAAGAAUCUCCAGGAUGAGAAAAUUCUCUACCCAGAGUUCAACAAACUCAAGGAGAGGAACAGGGCGCUGAAAACACUGCUGUCCAUCGGAGGGUGGAGCUUCGGCACGGCACGGUUCACCACUAUGCUGUCCACACUUGCCAGCCGUGAAGAGUUUGUUGAUUCAGUGGUAUUCUUCCUGAGAACACAUGGCUUUGAUGGGCUUGAUCUCUUCUUCUUGUACCCUGGACUACGAGGCAGCCCCUUGCAUGACCGGUGGAAUUUUCUCUUCUUAAUUGAAGAGCUCCAGUUUGCUUUUGAGAAGGAGGCACUGUUCACCCAGCGCCCAAAGCUGCUGCUGUCGGCUGCUGUCUCUGGCAUCGCAUACAUCAUUCAAACAUCUUAUGAUGUGCACCUUUUAGGAAGACGUCUGGAUUUCAUUAAUGUAUUGUCUUAUGACUUACAUGGAAGUUGGGAAAAGUUUACAGGACACAACAGUCCUCUGUUCUCCCUUCCUGAUGACUCCAAAUCUUCGGCCUAUGCUAUGGAUUACUGGAGAAAACUUGGGGCACCUGCAGAUAAACUUAUCAUGGGCUUCCCCGCCUAUGGACGUACCUUUCAACUCCUCGAGGAAUCUAAGAAUGGAUUGCAGGCUGCCUCAACGGGACCAGCAUCUCCUGGGUAUUACACCAAGCAGGCUGGCUUCCUGGCUUACUAUGAGGUUUGUUCCUUUAUCCAGAGAGCAGAACAGCGCUGGAUUGAUUAUCAGUAUGUCCCAUAUGCCUAUAAGGGGAAGGAGUGGGUUGCCUACGAUGACACCAUCAGCUUCACUUACAAGGCAACAUUCGUGAAAAGAGAACAUUUUGGGGGUGCCAUGGUGUGGACACUGGAUAUGGACGAUGCCAGGGGCCUUUUCUGUGGCAAUGGCCCUUUCCCCCUUGUCCAUAUAUUGAAUGAGCUCUUGGUGCAGGCAGAGUUCAAUCCAACUCCUUUGCCACAAUUUUGGUUUACAUCGCCUGUGAAUUCCUCAAGACCUGGCUCUGAGAGUCUGCCUGUGACAGAGGGGUUCCCCACUGAUACUGUAAAGAUUUUGUCCCCAGGAGAAGCUAUGGCCACUGAAGUCCACAGAAAUGAAAAUGUAACUACAGUCCCUAAUGGUGGAUUCGUGACCCCUGAGGGAACAACGUCUCCUGCAACACAUGUGGUAGCUCUAGAAAGUAGCACUGUGGCUCCUGAGGCAAAAAUCACAACCUCACUGGACCUUCCAUCUGAGACCACUACUGGGAAGACAGUGACAGCCCAGACACAGACAACUAGGGAAGAGACCAUGGCCACAGUGGGUAGUCAGUCUGUGACCCCUGGGGCGGAGACCACAGACACAGUGGGUAAUCAGUCUGUGAUCCCUGGGGUGGAGACCACGGCCACAGUGGGUAAUCAGUCUGUCAUCCCUGGGGUUGAGACCACAGCCACAGUGGGUAAUCAGUCUGUGAUCCCUGGGGCGGAGACCACGGCCACAGUGGGUAAUCAGUCUGUGAUCCCUGGGGCAGAGACCACGGCCACAGUGGGUAAUCAGUCUGUGGUCCCUGGGGAGGAGACCACGGCCACAGUGGGUAAUCAGUUCGUGACCCCUGGGGUAGAGACCACAGACACAGUGGGUAAUCAGUUUGUGAUCCCUUGGCCGGAGACCACAGACACAGUGGAUAAUCAGUCUGUGAUCCCUGGGGAGGAGACCAUGGCCACAGUGGAUAAUCAGUUUGUGAUCCCUUGGCCGGAGACCACAGACACAGUGGAUAAUCAGUCUGUGAUCCCUGGGGAGGAGACCAUGGCCACAGUGGGUAAUCAGCCUGUGAUCCCUGAGGAGGAGACCACGGCCACAGUGGGUAAUCAGUCUGUGAUCCCUGAGGAGGAGACCACAGACACAGUGGGUAAUCAGCCUGUGAUCCCUGAGGAGGAGACCACAGCCACAGUGGGUAAUCAGCCUGUGACUCCUGGAGGGAUGGAUACAACUCUUGUCUAUCUUCAGACUAUGACUCCCAGUGAGAAGGGAACUUUGAGGAAGAAGGCUGUGGUCCUUGAAAAGAUCACUGUUCCCCCUAGAGAGAUGUCCGUUGCCCCUAAUGGGCAGAGCACAGCUCUAAAGUGGGAGAGAUUGAUUACUGAAGUGGAGACUCACCCCCAGGAUGGAUAAAUUGGUCUUCAUGUAGCAGCGGAGAACAGAAUGCUGUCCUCCAACACUGUUGUCCUGUUCCCAGGAUACGCUCCUUUCUCUUUUGAAAAUGGCUUCACUCUUACUGAUGGAAACCACUGCUUUGUCAACACCAUAGCCCUUCUAACAAAUCUCCUCUCUCUUACAAAAAGAACACCUAGAACACUCUGUUACAGAUCAAAGAUCAUGAGCUCCAUUGGUGGCAAAUCCCCGGGAAAAACCCUUGUUUUUUUUCUUCUAUGUGAUAUGACAGAAGUCACCUCAUGCUGCCACCUAUGAACCAUUUGUGGGGCAAAGCUGGCACCAAAGCCACCAUGGGGCAAUCUCAUUUUUGUCUAAUAAACUGGAAGCAUGAGAAUC